AUGCUCACAACAAACGCAGACUUGCAGAAGAAUUUCCGCAGCAUAAGCAAGUGCAUCCGCAACAUGAGCAGAGCGCAGCUUCGCAGGGUUGUCCCAGCAGGAAAGGUGCUCAAGUAUUCAUAUGGAAAGAAACAGAGAAGUUUUGGGUCCGUUGACUGCUUCAAUGCAAUGACAUCGAGGAUGAAUGGGUCAAUUUUGUGCAAUUACAGUGCAUUUACGAUUUGUUUGCAAACAAGUAGGACCUCUGUCAUCCUGUGGAUCCCCAAGCAUGUGUAG